GUCUCCCCUAACCCGGAUAUGGCGGAAAAUACAAAACAAACUCAGCCCAUUUCAGGGUUGGACAUACAUGUAGGCACUGAGGAAGGAGAACUGUCCACAACAGAAGAUGAAUACUGUGUGCAGUACUUUGGAUUUCACCCACAGACCUUCAUGAAUGGAAUGUACAAUACAAUGUGUGGGAAUCUACAAGAUGCCAGGACAACCCUAAAUGAUGCCAUUCUCAGCACAUUCAGGGACACAGUGUCUCCCACAGAGCUGGAGGAAGUCUCAUUCUGUCAGGGCCAGAUAGCCAUAGAUCGCCUAAAUACCAAGUUUGACAAGGCUGAGCUGUACCUGAACACCAAUGUGUUCAACAUUCCUUCCAACAUUGUACUGCCAGAAGACCAGGUGCACACAGACAACCCCAUGUCUCCAGGUGAUAUGGCAGCUCUGGAUCAACAAAUCAAGACAGUCACAGACAAAAUCAUAGCGGUGAAGUAUGCAAACAGUGUACUGCAAGACAGAUUGCAAGAGAUUGAGUCAUUGCAAGAACAGCUGGAUAAAACUGUCACCAGCAUGGAUAAAGUUUAUGUCACAAUCUCACAGGAGAGUGUCCAGUGCAGUCAGCAGAUGAAAUCUCUACAGACAUUGGCGGAGUUGGUGGAGAAAUGUUCUGUGAACAUCUGACUCAGUGCUGUGAAUAUGAGAGACUGUUCUGUGAACAUUUGAAGCUGUUCUUUGAAUAUCUGAGACUUUUCUGUGAAUAUCACAUACUUUUGUGUGAAUAUCUGACACUGUUCUGUGAACAUCACAUACUUUUCUGUGAACAUCUGACACUGUUCUGUAAAUAUCACAGACUUUUGUGUGAACAUCUGACACUGUUCUGUAAAUAUCAGACUUUGUGUGAACAUCUGACACUGUUCUGUGAACAUCUGACACUGUUCUAUGAACAUCACAGACUUUUGUGUGAACAUCUGACUCUGUUCUGUUAAUAUCAGAGACUUUUGUGUGAACAUCUUACACUGUUCUGUGAACUUAAAAAUAUGCUUUUCUGUUAACAUCAGAGACUUUUGUGUGAACAUCUAACACUGUUCUGUAAACAUCAGACUUUUGUGUGAACAUCUGACACUGUUCUGUGAAUAUCUGACACUGUUCUGUGAACAUCACAGACUUUUGUGUGAACAUCUGACUCUGUUCUGUUAAUAUCAGAGUCUGCUAUGUGGACAUAUGACACUGUGCUUUUAAGAUCGGAAUAUGUUGAUGCUGAUACUGUUAUAUGAACAUAUGAGGUGCUUUUGAUAAUUAUUUAUUCCAAUGAUUUGAUAAUUAUUUAUUCAAAUGAAACUAGUUUUCCAUAUUUAGUUGACUACAGAAACAAUUUAAACUGAAAUUUACAAUGAUUUAUUAGAAUUUUAGAAAAUAAUUAGUAAGACAAAACACAUACUGUGGCGUUGAAUUCUUGAUUAUGUUGAAUUCGUGAAUGGUGAUUGUGUACAAUUUUUUUGUAGCAAUGUAAUAAGACUUUGUUUUGAAGUUGGUUUAGCCACCUGUUAUCAAGUGAAUAAUUUAAAGAGUUUAUAAGAAAAUGCUUUAAACCAAUCAAGAAUAUUUAUAGAAUUCGGUUUAUAAUCCAUGUGGCCCUGGGUGUUUACUAUUUUUCAAAGCAACUGUUUUGAAACUAUAGAUGAAUUUUUCUUCGUGUUAUUUUUCUCAAUAUGAUCAUCUUGUCUGUAUAGUUUUCAAUAAAGUGAUUCAAGAUUU